CUCCUUCAGCUUCGACCGAGGUUAUAUGUCGGAAGUCAUUAUCCUUCUCUUGCGGCCUCAAGAAUGCCUAUCGCCCCCCAGACUAGAAGAGUGGCCCGUGGAUGUCUAUCUCCAGCCCGCCCCAUCGACUGGACAGAGCGCGGACGACUCGGCUUUAUGCUGGAUGCCGCCCUGACGAUUGAUAUUCUUCCGACAUCUCCUCGACUUCGCUCGAAUCUUGGACCACUGCAGCAUUUCUAACUGAUCUACUCUCAUUCAAGAGCCGGCCAGCAAAAAUGCCCUACACGUCCCCUUAUCCUCCGUUGGAUAUUCCAAAAUGUAACAUUCUCUCCUACGUUUUCCCUCCUGAGAAGACGCCAUCCAACAAGCCGCUAUGGAUAGAUGCCGAGAAUCCCUCCAACAGCCUCUCACCAGCCCAGAUGCUAUCUUGGGUCAAGAGAUUUGCAGUUGGUCUCGAUAGACUGGGCGUCAAACAGCAACAAGCGGUCAUGGUCUUCACGCCGAACCAUCUCUUUGUUCCAAUGGUGUAUCUUGCUGCCGCCGGGUCCAAGCGCUUCUUUACGGGCGCCAAUCCCAUCUACACGGUCAACGAGGUCGCCCACCAGAUGAAGGCAAUCGAGGCCGCAGUUGUGUUCAUCCAUCCUUCCUUGCUCGAUACCGGUGUGGCUGCCGCCAAACAAGCCAAUAUCCCUCUAGACAGGCUUUUCAUCUUCUCCGAUGCCGAAUCUCCAACCACGAAAGGCAUCAGGGAUUGGCGGUCAAUGGUCGCCUCAGAAUCAGAGGCUGAAUCCUGGAAGUGGGAUCCUCUUGAAGGGGACGCUGCCCUGCAAACUGUUGCUGCCAUCAACUUCUCGAGUGGAACCACUGGCCUGCCCAAAGGUGUGUGCAUUACGCAUCGCAACCUCAUUUCGAACGCUGCGCAAACCAUCUUCAACAAAUACGAGGGCACCCAGUACUCCGAACAAGAUCCUGGCCCUGAACGUUGGCUUGCGUUCCUUCCACUGUAUCACGCCUAUUCGCAGUUAUGGACCAUCAACAUUGCCUGCCGUCUACAAGUCCCGGUUUAUGUCAUGCCCAAGUUCGUAUACGAAGACUUCUUGAAGCACAUCCAAAACUACAAAAUCACAACUCUUCAACUGGUCCCGCCCGUUCUUGUCAUGCUAAGCAAACGACCCGAAACGGCCAAGUACGACAUUAGCAGCCUCCAACAAAUUCUUUGUGGCGCAGCACCGCUGAAGAGUGAUUUGCAGAAUGAGAUCAUGAAGCGAUUCGACGUGGUUGUAGUCCAGGGCUGGGGCAUGACUGAAACCACAUGUGCCGGCAUUAUGAUGCCAGGAAUGGCCAAGGAUCUAACCGGCUCGAUCGGGUAUCUGCUGCCUAACACCGAGGCGAAGCUGAUGGAUGAGGAAGGGAACGAGGUGACGGCGGAAGGCGAGCCGGGCGAGCUCUGGCUGAGGGGGCCACAGAUGCUGCUUGGCUAUUGGAGAAACGAACAAGCCACCAAGGAGAGUAAGACCGAGGACGGCUGGUUCAAGACCGGCGACGUCGGCGUCUGCAAGGGCAACAAGUGGUGGAUCGUCGACAGGAAGAAAGAGCUUAUCAAAGUCAACGGCUUGCAAGUGGCGCCGGCGGAACUAGAGGCCGUUCUGCUUGAGCAUGAUGACGUCGCAGAUGCAGCUGCUGUCGGGAUCACUGUUCACGGCGAAGAGCUCCCGCGAGCAUAUGUCGUUCUGCAAGAGCGGGCCAAGGGCAAGACGACCGAGGAGGACAUCAAAGCUUUUGUGGCAAGCAAGGUGGCUAGGCACAAACGGUUGGCCGGCGGCGUCCAGUUCAUCGAUGAAGUGCCCAAGCUGGCCAGCGGCAAGAUUGUGCGGAAACUGAUGAAGGAAUGGGCCAAGAGGGACGCGAAGGAGGUCGAAGGCAAAGUGAAAGCACGACUGUAGAGGAAUGGGAGGGCCAUGGUUAUUAGUACGCACCCGUGGAAAGGACGUCUACGAGUGACCAGUCUGAGAUCAAUCAGGGGAUCCACGCAAUGCAUCGUCCCGCAGGCUGCGAUUCCCAGUCCAAAACCCAGCAAGAGAAGCAGCUCACGUGGUUGAAGAGGACGGCGGAGUUUUCUGUCAACGAUGAAGAGAUAGAUAUUCGGAGCAACUUUAAGGGAACCUCGAAUGGGGCCUCCGUUGACACGAACCAUCGCGAUACCAGCAACACCAGUCGUCCUUUCGAAGUUCAAGGCUCUCAUUGAAUACUAGACCAGGGUGGAUUGUGUGGCAUUGUACAAACGAGACAAUAGAUGGAGGGAUGCGGCAGUAAAAGGUAGGUAGGUAGGUCUGUUUGAUAUGAUGGUCAACGGUUUAGAGAGCCUCGCGAUUUGACGGUAGAAAGAAUCGAG